CUUGGCUGCCAGAUCGCGCGAGAUUACGGAAGACUGUGGUGUGUGGGGCGCUUAGCGGCCGCGACGGACGCAAGAUGGCGACGGCAACCAUAGCUCUCCAAGUCAAUGGCCAGCAAGGAGGGGGGUCCGAGCCAGCAGCAGCAGCGGCGGCGGCGGCGGCGGCAGUGGUGGCAGCGGGAGACAAAUGGAAACCUCCACAGGGCACAGAUUCCAUCAAGAUGGAGAAUGGGCAGAGCACAGCCGCCAAGCUGGGACUGCCUCCUCUGACGCCAGAGCAGCAGGAGGCCCUCCAGAAGGCCAAGAAAUACGCCAUGGAGCAGAGCAUCAAGAGUGUACUAGUGAAGCAGACCAUCGCGCACCAGCAGCAGCAGCUCACCAAUCUGCAGAUGGCAGCAGUGACAAUGGGCUUUGGAGAUCCUCUCUCACCUUUGCAAUCGAUGGCAGCUCAGCGGCAGCGGGCACUGGCCAUCAUGUGCCGGGUCUACGUGGGCUCCAUCUACUAUGAGCUAGGGGAGGACACCAUUCGCCAAGCCUUUGCCCCCUUUGGCCCCAUCAAGAGCAUUGACAUGUCCUGGGACUCCGUCACCAUGAAACAUAAGGGCUUUGCCUUUGUGGAGUACGAGGUCCCAGAAGCUGCACAACUGGCCUUGGAGCAGAUGAACUCAGUGAUGCUGGGGGGCAGAAAUAUUAAGGUAGGCAGGCCCAGCAACAUAGGGCAGGCCCAGCCCAUCAUAGACCAGCUGGCAGAAGAGGCACGGGCCUUCAACCGUAUAUAUGUAGCCUCUGUGCACCAGGACCUCUCAGACGAUGACAUCAAGAGUGUAUUUGAGGCCUUUGGCAAGAUCAAGUCUUGUACACUAGCUCGGGACCCCACAACUGGCAAACACAAAGGCUAUGGCUUCAUUGAGUAUGAGAAAGCUCAGUCAUCACAGGAUGCUGUGUCCUCCAUGAACCUUUUUGAUCUGGGUGGCCAGUAUUUGAGAGUGGGCAAGGCUGUCACGCCUCCCAUGCCCCUGCUGACUCCUGCCACACCUGGAGGCCUUCCACCUGCUGCUGCUGUGGCUGCAGCAGCAGCCACAGCUAAGAUCACGGCUCAGGAAGCAGUGGCUGGAGCAGCAGUGCUAGGUACUUUGGCUACACCUGGACUGGUAUCCCCAGCACUGACCCUGGCCCAGCCCCUGGGGGCUUUGCCCCAAGCUGUCAUGGCUGCUCAAGCCCCUGGAGUCAUCACAGGCCGCAAAGUGGUGGCUGAAGUGUAUGACCAAGAGCGUUUUGAUAACAGCGACCUCUCUGCGUGA